AUGACCCCGCAACCCAACCAGGACGAAAAUCAAAGCGCUGAUUCAAUUCAUCAACAAGCUUUAAGGCAUAGUAUAGGCAAACCAGGAGUGAUAGACGAUGAAGGAGAGGGCGACUUAGAUCCAGGAGUGUCUAGCUUGGACACUCCUUAUUUUGAUUAUGCCUUUGAGCGCUCUUUAAGACAGCAAGAUGCCAAGUUUUUGGCUAUGAAUAGCUCUCAGGGAAAUCGUGGAAGCUUUUCGAGUUCCCAACCUUCUCGUAGACCGACGAACGAGACGGAUGCCACUCAAAUCAACCAAGAGGAUAUAAAAAACUCUAAGACGGGCCCCGAUUCCUCGAAAUUACUAAACCCCAAACUUCAGGAGAAAGUUGACAGUAUUCAUAUGCCACAUAUACAAAGCGGCAAUAGUACUGUUGUUUCCAACGCUGGAGGCCCUGAGUUAGAUCCCGGCAAUAUGGAAACCAAUGAUCCUUUAUUUUCAGAUGAAUUAGCUGAAAUUUACAUGUCUGUUCACAAAUGCAUGGACAUGCGCCAUAAAUAUCUUCGCAUUAGUUUGCAAGGAGAGUCAGAUAACCCAAGAGAUGACGAGUCUUGGAAUAUAUAUCCUUCUGCAAAAGAAGGUGAGGAGGAAGAAGAAUUUUGCUUUGAAAAAUGUGAGAUUCCAGGGGUUGACAACGAGAUGAUGUUCCAUCUCGACCAUCAGGGUAUUUAUCAAGUGUACGAAAAUGAAAGUGCUUACUUGGCCAAUACUCCUUCAUUUCAUGUGCCAACCAUUCGUGAUUAUUAUAUGGAUUUGGAUUUUCUUCUUUCAGCAUCCUCGGAUGGUCCCAGUAAGUCUUUCUCAUUUCGGAGACUGCAAUAUCUGGAGGGUCGUUGGAAUAUGUACAUACUUUUGAAUGAAUAUCAGGAACUCGCGGAUUCCAAGAAGGUACCUCAUCGUGACUUUUACAACGUUCGUAAGGUGGAUACACACGUUCAUCAUUCCGCCCUCGCUAAUCAGAAGCACUUGUUACGAUUCAUUAAAGCCAAACUCCGCAAAAGCCCCGAUGAAAAGGUUAUUUGGCGUGACGGAAAGUUCUUAACUCUACAAGAGGUAUUUGAUUCACUCAAAUUGACUUCCUAUGAUUUGAGCAUUGACACUCUUGAUAUGCAUGCUCACGCUGAUACUUUCCACCGUUUUGACAAAUUUAAUUUAAAAUACAAUCCCAUAGGCGAAUCCCGCUUGCGUACUAUCUUCUUAAAAACGGACAACGAUAUUGAAGGUCGUUAUCUUGCUGAAUUGACAAAGGAAGUCUUUGCUGACCUUUGUACACAAAAAUACCAAAUGGCAGAAUAUCGUAUUUCAAUUUACGGACGCAACAAGGAGGAGUGGGAUAAGCUUGCGGCUUGGAUUAUUGAUAACAAGCUUUACAGCGCUAACGCGAGAUGGUUAAUUCAAGUUCCUCGCUUAUAUGAUAUUUACAAGAAAUCUGGUAUCGUCCGCAAUUUUGAAGAGGUUGUCAGAAAUAUUUUUGAGCCUCUGUUUGAAGUUACCAAAGAUCCAUCUAGCCAUCCCAAGUUACAUGCUUUCCUUCAACGCGUAGUUGGUUUUGAUUCUGUCGACGAUGAAAGUAAGCCAGAGCGUAGAACGUAUCGUAAGUUCCCAUUACCAGCUCAGUGGAAUAUUGGUUUGAAUCCCCCUUAUAGCUAUUGGCUAUACUAUAUGUAUGCAAAUAUGACAAGCUUGAACGCUUGGAGAAAAAUGAGAGGAUUCAACACAUUUGUUUUACGCCCUCACUGUGGUGAAGCAGGCGACACCGAUCAUUUGGCUAGUGCAUUUUUGCUUAGUCAAGGUAUUGCUCAUGGAAUUUUAUUGCGGAAGGUUCCUUUCUUACAAUAUCUAUGGUAUUUGGAUCAAAUCCCAAUUGCUAUGUCUCCCCUUUCCAACAAUGCCUUAUUUUUGGCCUACGAUAAGAAUCCUUUUAUCUCUUAUUUCAAACGCGGUUUAAACGUAAGUCUCUCGACAGACGACCCACUUCAGUUUGCAUUCACGAGAGAGCCCUUAAUUGAGGAGUAUGCAGUCGCAGCCCAGAUUUACAAGCUUUCGAAUGUGGAUAUGUGCGAGUUGGCAAGAAACAGUGUCUUGCAAUCUGGGUUCGAGCGUCAGAUAAAGAGUCGUUGGUUAGGACCUGAUAUGCAAGAUAUUGAUCACACAAAUGUUCCUAUAAUUCGUCUUGCAUAUCGUGCCUUGACACUCAGUCAAGAGAUCGCACUUGUGAAUAAACAUGUUCAACCUACUCCCAAUUCUUCUCACCAUGACUUGGGCGAUUUGAUCCGGAAAUACGACAAGUUAACUGCAGCUGAGGAACUUUCAAGUUCGCCCAAUACGAACGAUGCAACGAUUGCCAGUAGAAAGUCAGCUCAUGAAGGACCGGACCAUGCACCCUUCUUUCCUGGGUUGAGCGUUAUUUCAGAGCGUCGUCGAAGGAAGGAAAGUACAACCAAUGCCAGUCAAGACAUGAAAGAUUAA